AUGCAUGGUAUGCUGAAAGCUGACAAUAUAUGCUUCGAAGACAUGGAGUACGAGAGAAGCCCCGUGCAACUGCCCUCCGUGGCCCCCCAAGCUUCUCGCUGCCAACUGCUGGAGCUCCCGAAUGAGCUGCUCCAGCAGAUUGCCUGCGAUCUUCCCACCGACCGUGACGUUCUGAGUCUCUCCCAAUCUUGCAAGGAGAUGUGGGGGAAGGUCUUCGAAGCGGAGUCUGCCGUCUGGCGAGACCGCUUCAGCAAGCACUACGACCUCCCCGCUGGAAAACCGUCCAAGCAGUUGAAGAUCGAGUACCAGAUCCGCGCCAUUGUACUCGACCCGCAGAUCAGCUUCGGAGGAGUGGAAGACGAUCGUCAAUAUCUCUGGAUGGAGGUCAUCAAGACCAUGCUUGAGGAGUCCCAGCAAGCAACCGUCGCUCCUGGAAAGAUAUCCAAGACAUUGGAUUGUAUCGGUGAAACCCUCAAGAGAGUCGACUUCCUGAGCGAGUUCCAAAAACAAGGAACGAUCUCGCAGCUCUUCUACGCUCUCCAACUGUGCCUCUCUCCCUUUGCUCUCAACCCUACAGUCACCCAGUCUUGCCGCCGCACCGACUACAACAUGGAAGUAGUCUAUUCAUGUACUGAGGGAGUAGGCAGUGCCUACAUUGGCCACGACGACCUCGACCUCUCCAAACUCGUGCACAUGCGCUGUUUCUGGCAACGACAUCUUCUCAACGCCUCUGAGUUCACCUACCACGACUCUUUCGCCGGGCUGGCUCCAAAGAUGAGACCCAAAAUGGGAAGGCAAGACCCAGUUGAUAUUACCAAGAUCGGCCAAUCUUGGUUGGGAUACUAUUCCUGCAUGCACCCAAUCUCUGACUUGCUGGAGAUUGAUCGUCAGACAUGCGCUGAUUUCGGUAGCCAUGGCGACACAAUUGAUGUGAUGGUUCUCGACCUCGUGCCCUCGGAGAGCCUGUUCUGGCCCGAGGAAUGCCGCAAGCUCAUUCCCCUUGUCGGUGGCACUGAGACUAAGCGGUCAUAUUUCGAUGGCAAGCAGAGAUACCAUGCCAGCGCUGAGGGCAGGAAGAAUCAUGUGUUCGGAUUCACCGAGGAGAUCGACUUCGCUCACGGCGGAUUCCGGGGAUGGACCCGGAUCUGCUUCACCAUCGUUCAAGCAGUGGAGGAGGAUGAGGACAAGCCUUCUUACCUCGUGCUGAACACUGACUGCUGGAUCCAUGCCUACGAGGCUGUGAUCACUCCUGGCGGGUGUCUCAUGAUUGGGCGCUGGCUGGAUAUGAACGAGACCGAGGCCAAGGGCCCAUUCAUCUUGUGGGAUGUUUGA